AUGAUACAUAGUGCUCUCUUUGAGAUACACAGUUGCCAGAAACAAGGUGCAAGUAUUCGCGAGAUUCUUGGACGAGUAACCUCGCUCUAUCGCUACUCGCUACUGGAAGUGACUAAUGCACGGCUUUGUAUUCGCCAUCUCCUACAGGACAGAUCCAUGCUGGCUGAAGAUACAGUUGAACUCUUUCGAGUCUGUUGUAUUCUCAGUCGCAAGUACUGGCGAGACACUGCAGAGAAGAACUUAGUGCAAGCUGAACCUUGUCAGUUGCUACGUCUUAAUGAUCUUGAACGUCGUAUUCUGUUAGUGCUUAACUAUGCCAUUGGCAUGCCUGCCACUGCUAUUCAGCAAGAGAUAGCGAUGGAGCUCAAUUUAGAUCGAGUCUACCAACGCGCUAUUGCCGGGCAUAAGAAGCAGGGCCGAUAA